AGUAUCUUUUUUAAAAAUAGUAUCUAAAUCUCUUAAAAAAAUUAACUAAAAUGAGGAAAAAUACUGAAAGUUUACAAAACAGAGAUCUGGCAAAACUAGACGGUACAAGUUGGACAAAAUGGACAAUUCGGUCAAAAAGGACAAACAUAAGACAAUGGAAAAGAUAGAAAAGGAGCCUGAGAAGUCUAAUGAAUAUCUGAGAAGGCAAGGUAAGGUGGAUGAGGAUGAGACCUGGAGAAUUAGCUGUGGUUCAGACGACCAGAUUCUUCCACUUCAGAACGCUGAACUUCAAGAACCAAGAAAACUAGGUUCAGGUUUAGGUUCAGCUUCAAGAUCAGAAUCAGGUUCAGGUUCAAGAUCAGGGUCAGGUUCGGGAUCGGGAUCAGGAUCGGGUUCGGGAUUAAGAGAUUUAAGAGAAAAGCGACAAAAAGAGCUUUUACAUCAGCUAGAAAUCCUCCUUCAUCAAGCUAAUCUCAGGACUAGGGAAGAGAUUUUUGAGUUCAUAGAAUACGAACUGAAUAGAGCCAUCAGGACUAGAACUCAUAACAGGCUAGCUUACAGCGGGUCUACUGAUACAAACCUCCACAUUGGACAUAGCAAAGUGUCGGAAAGACUGGUUCAGAUGGGUACUGACUACACUCCAACUCUUCCUGUUAGAAACUCACAGUCGGGGCUCAUUGAAUUCCCAGAACAGUUGGGACAUCAACAGUAUUCAGAACAGUUGGUGCAUCAACAGUAUUCAGAACAGUUGGGGCAUCAACAGUAUUCAGAACAGUUGGGGCACCAGCAGUAUUCAGAACAGCCAGGACAUCCCCUUAACUCAGAUGAACAAGGGCAUCUAAAACUUCCAUUGUCGGGAAAGGGAAGUCUUGUUGAUCAGUCCGGAGGAUUUUCUUCACAUUUGGGGCAGCGAGAUAUUUCACAGAGUCAUUCCGGACUUUCCGUUCAACAUUUAACCAGGACACGUUCUAGUUUACCUGGCCCUAGUUCCUCCAGUUUCCACCAUUCUUCUCCAGGUCUUGGUCAUUCUACCCCUCGAUACUAUCAUCAUACCUACUCAUCCAACAACCUGGAUACUCAUCCAAACCAUAAUAAUCCCACAAAUUUUCAUCCAAAAGCUCAUUCUAAAUCAAUUCCAACUCACCAAUUUGAUGAAACGGACUUUAAUUCUCAAACUUCUCUCAGUACUCCUAAAAAGAUGUUGUAUAAUGAUGGAUCUACUGGUCUUCUACCCCGUCGAUAUCUCCAGGAUAGAAAAGGACGGAAUAGUUCCUAUGGAGACUACAGUGUUUAUGGAUGACGGAAUGGCAGACGGAAUUGAUGUUUGUGCCAUACUGUAAACGUGUUGUCAUAUCGAACAAAGUUAAAAUAAGAUAUCGUAUAUAUCAUCAUUUAAAAAAUUUGAAUAUUAUUUUCAAAUUGUUAGGUAAAAAACAGUCCAAUUUUAAUCACAUGAAAGCUUUUUUUGCUAUUUUAAUAUCCAAAAAAAUGUUUAUCUGUAAAAAAAAUAUCACAAUAAAAAUGUGUUAAAAUAUAAAUAUGUAUACUCUUGAUAUGAUUUGGUUAGUACACUGCAUUUGUGAGGGUUCCAAACUGACCUUCUGUAGGAGUAUUUCUGAUUUUAAAAGACAUUGUAACCAGCUUGUGGGAUAAUAUAAAAUUUGGCUCUUGAUAAAAAAAUUGUUCAUAUGCAUACGCUUGUAUUAUAGGAUUGAGACAAUUAUAAAUAAAUUUUCAAAUUUCAAAUGAGUUAUGCUUAUGG